UUUAUUUAUUAUAUUUUAUUUAUUAUAUCGGCUGUAUGAGCCUCGAGCGCCCCCUGUAGAAACACAUUUUCCUCUAUUUUAUCCCUCCGCCCCCCAGUGCUGAUGGCAAGGCGUUUGACAAACAUUUGCGUAAAUUUAUGUAAAUACAAAACGUCUAAUUUGUGAAAACCGAAAAGUAAUUCAGAUCAUUUACCUUAAUUAAACCACUUCCAGGAAAAUGGGGCUCUCAUUUCGGUAGCGGUGAAAACAUCAUUAGGCAGCUGUUGCAGUGACUAACCAGAGACGACCCUCUAAACUUAAACAUCAUUGAAUUGCGUAGGUACACGAUAACACGAACAGGAAUACAAAAACUAUGGACACGUCUGAUGAAGGGAGGAUGUCUCGUUUGAAAGAAUUUUUGCUAACUUUCUUCAUGCCAGAAAGAUGUUAUGACCAGUUUUUCCUUUACUUCAACUUUAUGCACGUUCCCUGUCUGAAGAUUGUCUUAAGUAAAACUAUGGGAAUAUUGAUUUUGGUGGGAAUUGUUAUUGCUCCACUCCCUCAGAUCUGGAAAGUUCUUUGGUCUGGAAGUUCUAAUGGACUGUGUAUGGCCUCCAUUUUUCUGGAAAUGUUGGCCAUCUCUACUCAUGCAGCUUUCUGCUGCGCUCAAAAAUUUCCCAUUGGUGCCUGGGGGGAAUGUUUGUUUGCAUUGAUCCAGAUUGCUGUCCUGGCUUUGCUUGUCCCGCACUACCAAGGGAAAACCAUAAAAGGUGUCAGUUUUCUUGCUCUAUACUGUGGCUUUAUGUUCCUCCUUGCCUCACCUUUGACUCCUGUGUCAGUGGUUUGGACCCUGCAUGAGUGGAAUGUGCUGCUGGUUAUUGCUGGCAGGUUUUUCCAGGCAAGAAGUAACUUCAGAUGGGGACACACCGGACAGUUGUCUGCGCUCUCUGUUUUCCUGGUCUUUCUUGGCUCUCUGGGACGCAUCUUCAGUUCACUGCAGGACACAGGCCUUUCUCUCUCAACUCAGUUGCAUGCAGUGACCUGCUGUUGCAGUGUGGUGAUACUGGCACAGGUCCUGAUGUACUGGAGUAAAAGCAUGAUAAACAGCGAGAAAGAAAGGCAAGUGGAGAAAGACAAGGCUGAAUAAAAGAGGUAAAAUACACUUGAUGGACUAUUGAUGUUCACUCAAUGCGGGCGUUUGUAAGUGUGAUUUUCCACCUUUUGUCAGAUAAAUGGUCUGUGUUUAGUAAUAGCUUGAUUAUUUCCAGAUAUUGAUUAAGUUAAUUCAGUUUAACUACAAACCAUCUUGCACAUUUUUUCUUAAAUUAGCUCCUGGGCACAUAGUUUCAUCGCAUACUGAUAUCAAAUCUAUAUCGAGUUAAUUCAGCUAAAGACGUUUGAAUAUUUGGCUAGAAUGUGGAAAGUACCCAAACUAUUUUAUUUGCUUGGGUAAAUGUAGUACAAAUAGGAUGUAUUUAUCAUUUUGUUUAAAUAUGGGAAAAUGCACAUCACAAGGUUAAUUCACAAGUCAGCCUCUGUGUGGCAGUAGUUAUUUAUAAAGCUGGUGAUUAUUGCAAUAAAGCGCCAGUAGGUGGCAGAAGAGUAGUCUUUAUCAUAUUGCGUAUUACUGAGUUUCUACUGUUCAUGCUGCCUCUAUACUAUAUCACUAUAAAUACAUGUUGUUCUUUCUUUCUGGCACCUGGUCAGAUAUCUUUUUACUUUCUUGGAUUUACACCUCAGAAUGUGCAUUUGCACUCCUGGAAAAGAGGUUGUCAAUCAUUAAAUGUCUCAUGAAAUGUUUGCAAAUUCACUUUUCAGUCCUAAACUGUGGUUUCUUUUUUUCUAAACUUUAAACU